AUGACGGACGUAAUGAUGCACGUGGAGCCAACAUCGGUUCAUCCAUGUUCCACGAAGAAGUCUUCCGUUCCUCAAGUGGAAUGCAGUUUACAUCCAUUAGUCAUUAUCAACAUUUCGGAGCACUGGACACGUGUUCGAGCUCAAACUAAGGACAAGACUGCCCAAAAGGUGUUUGGUGCUGUCCUCGGAAAGAUCGAUGAAGGACAUGUGGAGAUGGUUAACUCGUUUGAGUUGCGUAUGUUCACCUUAGAUGGUCACACUAGGUUUAAUGAGGAAUUUUUACGGCAACGGCUUGGACAAUAUAAGGAGGUUUUUCCGGAGCUAGACCUAGUUGGUUGGUAUUGCACAGGCCAAGGAUUCAUAGAGCAAGACGAAAUACUACUACAAUCGCUCUUCGCGGUAGCUAUAGAUUCUCCUUUAAUGGUAAAAUUGAACCCUUCUAUAGAUCCACAAGGAAAAAGAAAUGUCCCUGUGAAAGUUUUCUACAGUAAGGAAACUCCGCUAGUUUCUACUGGCCAUGAACUCACCGAAGUAGACUGGACCUUAGUGUCUGAGCAAAGCGAACGCAUCGGAAUUGAUCACAUCACACGGUUAUCGCAGGUUGGAGAUGAUGGUGCAGUAUCCAUCGAAGCCAAGCAGAUGCGUGCAGCUGGCUCCGCUGUUUCCAUGCUCCUUGACAAAAUAGGCAUUAUUUGCGAAUACCUCAUAGGGGUUCAGGAGGGAAAGUUCCCAUCGAACGACGAGAUCAUCAGAGAAGCGAACAAGAUUUGUCAACGUCUUCCACUGCUGAAACCAGCUGAGUUCGACGAAGGAUUCAAGGCACAGGAGAGGGAUGCACGAGCAGCGAUGUUGUUGGCGAAGAUGACAGAGAUCUGUGGAACAUUGAGCAGUCUUCAGGCAAAAACAAAUAUUCUGGGAACAAUCACUGCCUGGCGAACUAUCGCGACAAUCCCCCAACAACAGUCAAAGAAGAAGACAUCGCAAAGAGUAAUAACGCUCCCGCACAUUCGCCAGACGUGGAUUAACGGAGUCGCUGUCGGCCUUCACACGUUAAUUCUGGUUUACAGCGACCUCACUACCGCUAACAGCUGUUGCAGAAUUUUCCAAGACUACAAUGAUACUAUUAUUAUAUGUACCUUAUUCAUAAGCCUUCCACUAUUUUUACCAUGA